UUGCAGAUACGUAAGCAAUCUUGAAAUAAUUAUAGGAAAGUCAAAGAUCAAAUUUUGUAUUAAUUAAUUUUAUUUUUUAUAUAUCUUUUCGUACCCUGAUGACAUGUUCAACGUAGUGAACGUAUAUCUCGGAGGUCAUUUUUUUGUAUACUGCAGGUUCAGUGUUAUACGCGUUCCCUUCUCUACUAUUGCACGUUCUAAUAGCCUCUGAGCCAAGACAAUCCGCCUUGCAACCCGUACGUCCGUGCUUUCAGGACUUCCAUGGAAGCUCUCAUGCGUUUUGCAGGGCAUCAUGCUUCGCAGAGUUUGCGGCGUAUGAUACAUACAAGCGCCGCGCAGUUGAAACUUCAGCCACAAAACUUGAAAGGCAAGAGCAAAGCUUCGCAGGACUGGCUGACGAGACACCUUAAUGACCCCUAUGUGAAACAGUCGCGGUACGACAACUACCGAGCGAGGAGCGCUUAUAAGCUUGUGGAGAUUGACGACAAAUACCGUAUCCUGAAACCUGGCUGCACCGUCUUGGAAUGCGGAGCAGCGCCUGGAGCUUGGACACAAGUUAUCGUGGAAAGGAUCAACGCUAACGGAAAAGACCACACCACCACAAGAGGAACGGUCAUUGGCCUGGACCUUCUGCCUAUUGAUCCUGUCCCAGGUGCUACCUUCCUCCCCAACACCGACAUAUUGAAGCCCGAGUCCACAACAAAGGUCUUGCAAUGCCUCAGUGGCAAAUCUGCGGACGUUGUACUGAGCGACUUGGCACCAAAUGCCAGUGGUGUGAAAUCUCUUGACCACGAGGCCAUUGUCACACUUACAUAUGCAGCUCUCAUACUCUCCUUCAAAGUUCUCAGCAUUGGUGGUUCUUUCUUAUGCAAAAUCUGGAACGGCAGUGAGGCAGUCAAGCUAUCAGACGACAUCAGAAGGUUCUUCCAGUUUGUCAACUACGUGAAGCCACCAGCAAGCCGAAAGGAGUCUGCCGAGAUUUACAUCUUGGGUCGUGGAUUCAAGGGAGCCGAGAAAUAACCGGGCAGUGUAGCCAAGGAGAUUGAGUGCCGCCCAAGUGUUGCUUCUAUUGCACACUCUAGCUGUAGAUAUUUGUGCUGUGCUGACAGCAAGCAACCAGU